CCAGGUCAGCUGAGCUGCAUUUCCUUCCCACCUAAGGAAGAGAAGUACCUCCAGCAGAUUGUGGACUGCCUCCCCUGCAUAUUAAUCCUCGGCCAGGAUUGUAAUGUCAAGUGUCAGUUGUUGAACCUGCUGUUGGGGGUACAGGUGCUUCCCACCACCAAGCUGGGCAGUGAAGAGAGCUGUAAGCUCCGGCGCCUCCGCUUCACCUAUGGGACUCAGACCCGGGUCACCCUGGCACUCCCUGGACAGUAUGAAUUAGUGCACACGCUCACCGCUCACCAGGGCAACUGGGAGACCAUCCCUGAAGAAGACUUGGAGGUUCAAGAGGACAGUGAGGAUGCUGCUCAUGUUUUAGCUGAAUUGGAGGUGACGAUGCACCAUGCCCUCUUACAGGAGGUGGACAUUGUGGUGGCACCAUGCCAAGGCCUCCGGCCCACAGUGGAUGUUCUGGGUGACUUGGUGAAUGAUUUUUUACCUGUGAUAAUGUAUGCACUCCACAAAGAUGAACUCUCUGAGAGGGAGGAGCAGCAGCUUCAGGAAAUCCGAAAGUAUUUCUCCUUUCCCGUAUUCUUUUUCAAAGUGCCAAAGCUGGAGAUAAUAGACUCCUCCAUCAGGAGAAUGGAGAGUGAAAGAUCACCGCUAUAUCGCCAACUAAUUGACCUGGGCUAUCUAAGCAGCAGUCACUGGAACUGUGGGGCCCCCAGCCAGGACACUAAACCUCAGAGCAUGUUGGUGGAGCACAGUGAGAAGCUGAGACACCUGAUCACGUUUUCUCACCAGCUGCUACAGACCCGCCUGGUGGAAGCGGCCAAGGCCCUGAACUCGGUGCACUGCCACUGCCUGGACAUCUUCAUCAACCAGGCCUUUGACAUGCAGCGGGACCUGCAAAUUACUCCCAAACGUCUGGAAUAUACUCGAAAGAAGGAAAAUGAGUUGUAUGAAUCAUUGAUGAAUAUUGCCAACCGAAAGCAGGAGGAAAUGAAGGACAUGAUUGUCGAGACCCUGAACUCCAUGAAGGAGGAGCUUCUGGAUGAUGCUGCCAACAUGGAGUUUAAAGAUGUUAUUGUCCCAGAGAAUGGAGAACCAGUGGGCACCAGAGAGAUCAAAUGCUGCAUUCGACAAAUCCAGGAACUCAUCAUCUCCCGGCUUAAUCAGGCAGUGGCUAACAAGCUAAUCAGCUCCGUAGAUUACCUACGUGAGAGCUUUGUUGGAACUCUGGAACGGUGUCUGCAGAGCCUGGAGAAGUCACAGGAUGUUUCCAUUCAUAUCACCAGUAAUUAUCUCAAACAGAUCUUAAAUGCUGCCUAUCAUGUUGAAGUCACGUUUCACUCAGGGUCCUCGGUUACAAGGAUGCUGUGGGAGCAAAUCAAGCAGAUCAUCCAGCGUAUCACCUGGGUGAGCCCACCUGCCAUCACUCUAGAAUGGAAGAGGAAGGUGGCCCAGGAAGCCAUUGAGAGCCUCAGUGCCUCCAAGUUGGCCAAGAGCAUUUGCAGCCAAUUCCGGACUCGGCUCAAUAGUUCUCAUGAGGCUUUUGCAGCCUCCUUACGGCAGCUGGAAGCUGGCCACUCAGGCCGGCUGGAGAAAACUGAAGAUCUGUGGCUGAAGGUUCGGAAAGACCAUGCCCCACGCCUGGCCCGCCUUUCUCUGGAGAGCCGUUCUUUACAGGACGUCUUACUGCAUCGUAAACCUAAACUGGGACAGGAACUGGGCCGGGGCCAGUAUGGUGUGGUAUACCUUUGUGACAACUGGGGAGGACACUUCCCUUGUGCCCUUAAAUCGGUCGUCCCUCCAGAUGAGAAGCACUGGAAUGAUCUGGCUUUGGAGUUUCACUACAUGAGAUCUCUGCCGAAGCAUGAGCGAUUGGUGGAUCUCCAUGGUUCAGUCAUCGACUACAACUAUGGAGGUGGCUCCAGCAUUGCUGUGCUGCUCAUUAUGGAGCGACUACACCGGGACCUCUACACAGGGCUGAAGGCUGGACUGGCCCUGGAGACACGUUUGCAGAUAGCACUAGAUGUGGUGGAGGGAAUCCGCUUCCUGCAUGGCCAGGGACUCGUCCAUCGUGAUAUCAAACUGAAAAAUGUACUGCUGGACAAGCAGAAUCGUGCCAAGAUCACUGAUUUAGGAUUCUGCAAGCCAGAGGCCAUGAUGUCAGGCAGCAUUGUGGGGACACCCAUCCAUAUGGCCCCAGAACUUUUCACAGGAAAGUAUGAUAAUUCCGUGGAUGUCUACGCUUUUGGGAUUCUCUUCUGGUAUAUCUGCUCAGGCUCCAUCAAGCUCCCUGAGGCAUUUGAGAGGUGUGCUAGCAAAGACCAUCUCUGGAACAAUGUGCGGAAAGGGGCCCGCCCAGAACGUCUCCCUGUGUUUGAUGAGGAGUGCUGGCAGUUGAUGGAAGCCUGUUGGGAUGGUGACCCCUCUAAAAGGCCUCUUUUGGGCAUUGUCCAGCCCAUGCUCCGGGGCAUCAUGGACCGACUGUGCAAGUCAAAUUCUGAGCGGCUGAACAGAGGACUAGAUGACUCUACUUGAAAGCAAAGACCUUUCUCCUCCAUUCUUUGUUUCUUUUUACCCCCCUCACCUUUUGGGCAUGGGGAGAAUUUGACUUUUUUUUUCAUUAUAGGGAGCUCCUGAGAGACUGGUGCUUGCUGGUCAACUUAAGACCUUCCUAGGCAGAGGUGGCUCCUGGACAGUGGAGAGUUGGAUGACUGAGCAUUCUGGGUGGGUCAUGGAUGCCCCAUCCUAUCCCUUUGUCAAAAAAGAUUGUCUAAGAUGUAUAAAAGCUGAGGAAUGUAAUGUUCUGGCCUCAGAACUAAAGGAGGCAAUUGUUACCAUUGUCUAUUCACUGUAUUAUGUUUCAAAGACAAUAAGUGGGACACUGCAGUGGCAAUAGUACUGAAAAUGUAUUAUUUUCAUGAUUUCAGCACUAGCUAGGAAUAGUUUGAUUCUACCCAGUGGUAAGGACCACUUAGAAAAUUUCAGUUUAGGUCAAGAUUGUGUUAACAUAGGGACACAUGACAAAACUUGUGGAUACCUGGAUCCUGCUAUCUGUAACCAGGAAUUUCAGGUUGUAAUGGUCAGAAACCCCAGUAAGGGAGCUAGAAACAAACCUAUAUUUUCCUCACAGUGCCAGUGUGUUUACAUGUAUAGGGCUACACAUCCCUGAUUCCUGGGAGGUUUCACUAUUACAAUACUAAGAGACCAAAAAAGAAAGAAAAGAAAAAAGUGUGCAUAUGUCUGUAUAUACAUAAGCUAUUGGAUUUUGAGUUACUGCUAACUCCAGAACAGAAUCUGUUCUUCUACCCUUGGGUCUUCCUCCCAUGCCUCUCCCUUCUUUUGAUCUUAAGGUGGGAAAGCUCCAGAUUACAUGGUACUUAGAAUUCAGUGAGCAGAACUGACUUAAAGUGAGGCUGUGGGUAAGACCUGAGAGGGGCAACGAGGGGAGGCCACGGCCUGCAUACAGCCUGUUUGAAAUGUGCAUACCAGCUUGUUUUCAAAACUUUAAUCAGAAACUCUUUGGGGGUUGAAUCUAACACACUAAUAUUUUUAAAGCUUGACCAGUGGUUAAAAGGCCAAGGUUUCUUCUGUCCUUUCUUUACCUUAUUUUAGAUAUAAUCUGUUAGAAGAAAAAAGGAACCAGAUGAAAGAGAAGAAUAGCUCUGUGGUAGCUCAGUGUGUUGGUGGCUGAAAGCUCUGCUCCCUUCUGAGUGGUCUUUGGUGGUGUUCUUAUGAAGUACACAUAGAGACAGAGAUGGACAACUCCAGUCAGAGGAAAGGGGAACAACUUGACACUGGUGCAUCUCAGGUCUUGACUUCAAGCCUUCCACCAACAAACUGUUCCAUUAGAUUUAGAAACACAAGUAGAUGAAGAAAUUGUGGAGGUGAAUAGCCUCCAUCCAUCUGUCCAGUCUCAAGAACUCUGGUCUGACCCUUUGUGUUCAUCUCCAAAGUGUGUGAAUCAGGUUCCCAGGAGGUGUGUAAGAUGAGUGUUACAGGAUUGGAGCUGUAGCUCAGUGAGUGGCAGAGCGUUUGUCUAGCAUGUGUGAGGCACUGGGUUCCAUCCUCAGCACCACAUAAAAAUAAACAAAGACGUUCUGUACAUUCAAAAAAAACUAAAAAGAUGAAUGUUACAUUAGCUGCUGGGAUUUUCUAGGUUUGUCUAUAACCGAAUGACCAUCCCUUACAUAUUUACGGAGUAUAAGUGGAGUCUAAGACAUUUUUAUGUAACUUUUAUUAAAGCUCGCUUUUAACUCUGGUUAUGAUGCAGUUGAGCACAAUAACCCUUAAGCACUGCAUCCCUUCAAAACUUAUGUCAUACUACAGACCUUUUUAUUUGCAAAUGAUAAAGGGGACCCAUUGUCUUUGGGUUCGCUGGUUCUGGCCUUGUUCUGGUAGAAUGUUCAGUUUAUCUCAGAACCUGAACACCUGUUUAGCUAUAUACUUCAAGUCACUAUUCUCAGCAUGAAUUUGUUGCCUUCUGGGAACUAUGAUGGGACUUACAGGAAGCCAGGUGUCAAGUUAAAGGAGAAGCAAGUAGUCUCUACAUGGGUGAAAAUCAUAAUCUGUACUGUAUGAAAUUUCAAAGAAAUCUUAUAUAGUUAGUUCCUGUUGUCAGAUCUUUGUCUUCUAAACCUCAAAUAAUCAGAAGUCUGUACUUCCAUUGUGGAGACUACAUUCCUAACAUUCUUGCAGAGCCUUAGCUCAUACUCCAGUCACACAUGGGAGGUCAGAUUUUCCUACCCGAGUUCCUUUUCAGUUUAUCCCUGUGGCUUAGUCUGCUCUGAUACCAGUUUUCUAGCAAGUUCUCUAUAUUUCUUUUCCCAGUGGGAGGGAGGAAGGGAGGAACUAAUGCUAAGUCAGGAGUUGUUUUACAGUUAAUUUUUAAAAAGUAUUCUGAGAAAUGGUGCAAGAUACUCCUGAAAGUCCCCAGGCUAGCCAAAGUCCACAUGGAUAUUUGGGGGCGUUAUUUAAACACUCAGCAGGCUGAGUGCAGGAAUAUAUGUGUAUGAUGUGUGUAUAUUUUACUUUUGGUUUAUAACUUUGUUAGCCAAUUUUGAAUUCUUAGCUCGUUGGCACCCAUUAUUAAUGUGAUGGUAUGCCAUGAAAUGUACUGUAUUGUAUAUUACUUGGGAGGACACUAGGCAUUCAGAGAAGCGUGCAGCACUUAAAUGAUACAGGACUUAGUAUGGCUGAAGAUUUUACCUCCCAGCUUCAGUUAGUUGUGUUCCCAAGUGGUAAGGUGAGAUUGUGACUUAGGGAGGAAGAAGAGUGGCAUGAAGAAUUAUCCUCACUGUGUUCAGUCCUUCUAAAGAAUUGAAUGAGGGCAGUUUACCCUAGCCCAAAAAUGUUCACCUGGCUAUUUUUAAUGAAAAAUUGCUCAUUUUGCUGAGCGAGAGGCUUCCUGGAGAGCAAGAAAUGAUGGUGACACCUGGGGCCUGGGAUGGCUGACCUUGUGCCUAGAGAGCUAGCAGCAACGUGGUUGCCUAGGAACUGCUGUUCUGAGAGGUGUCCACAGGCAUCCCUGGUUCUUGAACCGCCUAUUACUGCUCCAGGAAGGGGACUGCGCUGAUUGUUCCCAGACCAAAGAUAGUCAAUUUUGACUCCGUCAACUUUAAGGGGACAGAGCCUCGCAGCAACUGCUCCUAACUUAACACUAAAGCUGUUGGAAACAGUGGAGGAAAGGAUUCAUUACUGAUAGAUAGGACUAGGGGAAUGAUAGAACUUUUGACCAGUACCUGUAAACUCCCAAAUGCAGUUUUGUAUCUUUGUUUGGGCUGCCAAAGAAAAGUUGGAGGGUUGGGGGUGUAGCUCAGUGGUAGAACAUGUGCUUACCAUAAACCUGGCGGUGGGUUCAGUUCCCAGCACGAACAAACAAACAAACAAAACCAGAAAAGGUAGAGUGUUUGGAAAAUUUUUUCCUGAUAGAAGUGGCUCAGGAUAGCAGGGCUGCGGAGUGACAACUGCACUAAGUGACACUUUAUUUUUUUGGCUUAUUAUUUAGCACUGAGAAGCCCAGGGAAGUGGUGAUUACAGUAGCACUUUGGGAAACUGAGGUACUCUCUGGCCAUGCUUUGGAGAGACACCAUGCUUGGUAUUCUGUCGGGCUCAUCAGGAAGCCUCCAAAGUUCAGGUUAUAUCAGAGCCGAAUGAAGAGUCCUGGAAAAGUCCAUUGCUGAAAGGGGAGUUACUUUAAGUUUUCAAAUCUUGAUUCUUGGGUUUGCUGGAUUAAAUAACCCACUUUUUCUUUAAAAGAAAAUGAGGUUUAUUCUAAUGAUGGGGGUGGGAUGGCUUAGAGCUAGUGUGAUAAGUGGGUAAGAAAGGAGUGAUCUGGAGGCACUUCCUUUGAAAAUUCCCCUGGAGGUUUUAAGUAGCACUAUAGUUCUUAAAAGAGUUUUAUUGUUAACAUCAUCUGCUUUGUUAAUUUCUAGUCCAGUUGAGGAGAUGGCAGAGACUGUUGAGAAUAUCUGACCUGGGGAGGCCAGCUUGCUCAGAGAGUCCAUAAAGAAAAUUGGCCUGGACAGCUUAUGGUCUUUAUGCAAUGUUUUUUUGUUUAUUUUAAAGAACUAAUGUCUAUUACAGUGUUAAAUAAAAGUGUAACAUACUAAGUGUGUAGAAUAAAAGUGCAAUAACAAAAGAAAAUUACUUUGGCACAAACGUCAGUCUCUAUACUCCCUUCUUUCCUAUACUAUCUGGCUUUUUCCAAAUACUGUUACAGCACGACCACGAUGUAUGUAUUUUUAAGAGAUGCAACUAGGGGUCAAGUCUUCAUCAGUGUAAUUUUGAAUGGUCAGGUUUGGUUUUUUAGAGUAUUCUGUAUAAUCAUUAGGAUGCACAAAUACCAGAUGUGCUAUAUAAUAAAGAUCAUAUUAACAUGUUAGUUUUA